CCUAUUUAUACCUACCUAGGUACCUAAUCCUCCAAGACGCCCGUCACCAUUUCGACCUCCUUUUCCAACGUAAUUCCCGACUUUGUCACCACACAAUUCGACACAAUGGCCCAAGCAAUCAGGAGCGCCCUCCCCGACCGCCUCAUGCCUUCCAACGGCGACGAGGAGUUUGCCAAGAGACACCAUGGCAAGACUAGAUCCCACAUGGCUUUCGAGAACACCUCCACAAGCAUUGCCGCUGCCCAGAUGCGCAAUGCCCUCACAAAGCUUGCCGAGACGGUCAAGGACCCCGACCAGAAGAAGCUCUUCGAGACCGAGAUGGACAACUUCUUCUCGCUCUUCCGCCGCUACCUGAACGACAAGGCCAAGGGCAACGAGGUCAACUGGGACAAGAUUGCCCCUCCUGCCCCUCACCAGAUCGUCGACUACGAGAGCCUCGCUAACAACAACUCGGUCGACUUCCUCAACAAGCUUGCCGUUCUCAAGCUCAACGGUGGUCUCGGUACCUCCAUGGGCUGCGUCGGCCCCAAGUCCGUCAUCGAGGUCCGUGAUGGCAUGUCCUUCCUCGACAUGUCCGUCCGCCAGGUUGAGCACCUCAACCGCACCUAUGGCUCCAACGUGCCCAUCCUCCUCAUGAACUCGUUCAACACGGAUGACGACACUGCUGCCAUCAUCAAGAAGUACGAGGGCCACAAUGUCGACAUCCUCACUUUCAACCAGUCCCGCUACCCCAGAAUCUACAAGGACUCCCUCCUCCCCGUCCCCAAGUCCUUUGACUCUCCUCUCCAUGACUGGUACCCUCCCGGACACGGUGACGUUUUUGAGUCUCUCUACAACUCGGGUAUCCUCGACAAGCUUAUUGAGCGCGGUAUCGAGAUCAUCUUCCUGUCCAACGCCGACAACCUCGGUGCCGUCGUCGACCUCCGCAUCCUCCAGCACAUGGUGGAGACCGAUGCCGAGUACAUUAUGGAGCUUACCAACAAGACCAAGGCUGACGUCAAGGGUGGUACCAUUAUCGACUACGAGGGCUCCGUCCGUCUCCUCGAGAUCGCCCAGGUCCCCAAGGAGCACGUCAACGAGUUCAAGUCCAUCAAGAAGUUCAAGUACUUCAACACCAACAACAUCUGGAUGAACGUCCAGGCCGUCAAGCGUGUCGUUGAGAACAACGAGCUCGAGCUCGAGAUCAUUCCCAACGAGAAGACCAUCCCCGGCGACAAGAAGGGCGAGUCCGACAUCAGCAUUGUCCAGCUCGAGACCGCCGUCGGUGCCGCCAUCAAGCACUUCAAGGGCGCUCACGGUGUCAACGUGCCCCGUCGCCGCUUCUUGCCCGUCAAGACCUGCUCCGACCUGAUGCUCGUCAAGUCGGAUCUCUACACCGUCAAGCACGGCCAGCUCCAAAUGAGCUCGGCCCGCUUCGGUGACGCUCCCCUCAUCAAGCUUGGUAACGACUUCAAGAAGGUGUCGGACUUCCAGAAGCGCAUCCCCAGCAUUCCCAAGAUCAUUGAGCUUGACCACCUCACCAUUACCGGUGCCGUCAACCUCGGCCGUGGCGUCACCCUCAAGGGUACCGUCAUUAUCGUGGCCACUGAGGGCCAGACCAUUGACAUUCCUCCCGGAUCCAUCCUCGAAAACGUUGUUGUCCAGGGUAGCUUGCGCCUCCUUGAGCACUAAACGGGUUUUUGGGUUCUUGUCGUUUAAUUAUUAGCACGUGCCUUGUCGCUGUAUGGCCUAUUGUUGUGGGACGUCAUCAUGUCUUUUUUGCUGCACGUACAUAUGAUUAAUAUACCAAUGGUUAUGAAUGGGAAUUCAAUUACUCUUUUGUAAUAAAAUCGUCGUCUGUCCAUGUAAAGGACGAUGGUUUAGAAAAAGGAGAGAAGAAGAGAGGAAGAAGAAGAAGAAGAAGCAUGAUGGAGAUGGGUGAUGGCAUGAUGGGAAA